GAGGGGGAAAAGGAUACUAAUAGAUUAUUGAUGGAUUUAAUAUUGUUCGGUUCCCCUCUUCUGCUUCUCCUGCUUCUUCUUCUUCCUCCUCCUCUUCUCCUCUCCUCUACCUACUAAUUACCUAAGUCUCUCCCCUCCUACGAGGUGUCUCUCCUUUUUCUUCGGGAUUAUAAUUAUUAUUGUUACAGUUUCCUUUUCCUUUCCUUCCUCUCCACUUACCACCUUAGCGUUUGUCCCUUGCAGCCAACCGAGAGUUCUCUAGUUUUGGCCAACCUGCAGCUCUCCUGUUCUCUCUAGGAUAUGCGAUACAAUCUCUGCACAUAGUUACGGGUUCGAUUGACGGUUGCAACGGCGUACGGUACAUACCAUGGCUUGCUCAGCGCAAUCCAUGACCAUCGAGUCAUAUCCCGAGGCAAAUACCUCCGCUUAUGCGACUCCCUCAGAGGAGACCAGCUUGCUACGGGACCGUCGGCGGCGUCACUCUUUUCACACGGCUCGGAAGUUGUCCUUGGACUAUGACGCAGAUGCGGUGUUCCUGAGGGUUGAACUUUUUCUAACAGAGCUAGAGCGACGACUAUUGUGGAUCGAGCAAUAUGGCAAGUCCCAUAUGGACCAAAUCGAUGCCAGUCUCCGUCGCGGCUACGCCACGUUAGAGGCUGUGCGGGACUCUUGCUCUCACGCCUCCGGCGAGCUCAUGGGCAGCGGCAAGAAGCGCGCCAAGAUCUUGGUGGACACCCUGGAAGACCGCUACAAGGACGCUCUCGCCACGAAGGAAACAUUAGAGCAGAAGGCUCACGCCGGUGUCCGGCUGAUGGAGUCCUUCCUCGUCGAAUUAGAGUCCCGUGCUCACGCAGGAUGGGAUCGCGGUCUGGACGGCGCGUUGGAUGGGGCGUGGAAGGCGAUGGACUCUAGCUUGGUACAUGCCCGGGAGGUGGUUGACGAGGGUAUGGAGCGAGCACGUCGGGCCAAGGAGGCGAUGAAGGAGAACAUUGACCGGGCGAUCCUGCUGGCCCAGGAGAAGCGGUUGAUCGGCUAUGCGGACCUCCCGCACCCGUGGCGGGUCAACCCCCACAUCCUCGAGGGAUACCGGUUCACGCACUCCAAGGUGGAAUGCUUGACCUCUAUGUUCACCUUCUCCAACGAACUUGUCAACAUCUGGUCACACCUGAUCGGCUUGUUCAUCGUGCUGUCUGUGGCAUUCUACUUUUACCCGCUGAACCCCAAUUUCCACCUGAGCACCAAGACGGAUGUAAUGGUGGCAGCCGUCUUCUUUUUCGCGGCGUGCAAGUGUCUGGUGUGCAGCACCUUGUGGCAUACGAUGAACAGCAUUGCCAGCCAGACGCUGAUGGAGCGGUUCGCAUGUGUGGACUACACGGGCAUCUCGAUGCUGGUGGCUGCCUCGAUUGUGACGACCGAAUACACCGCCUUCUACUGCGAGCCCGUGUCGCGGUGGAUCUACAUCCUCCUAACGAUGUCCCUGGGUAUUGGCGGAGUGAUCCUGCCGUGGCACCCGACUUUCAACCGGGCGGACAUGGCGUGGGCACGAGUGGCGUUCUAUGUUUCGCUCGCUCUGACCGGGUUUGCGCCGCUGGCGCAGCUGACGUACACGCGAGGCUUUUUCUGGUGCCUCUACUUCUACGCACCGGUGGUGAAGAGUGUGCUGGUGUAUUUCGUGGGGGCGUGUGUGUAUGCGUCGCAGGUGCCGGAGCGGUGGCGGCCGGGGUUGUUCGACUAUGUGGGCGGCAGCCACAACAUCUGGCACCUUGCAGUAUUGGGCGGGAUUCUAUUCCAUUACCUCGCGAUGCAGGACCUUUUCGCGGGGGCGUUCAAGCGGGCUCAGGGUGAGUGUCCAAACGUGAUGAAUUAGGGGGGCGCGGAGGAGAAUAGAGGGGAAUAGACUUGAGAAGGGGGUUAGCUCUUUGACUUGUACAUAUUGGAGUUGCGGAUAUACAAAAAGUCUAGCUGGACUUAGCUUGUUGUGACUCUAGCGCUAUUUUUUUUUUACCAGUUAUUUCC